AUGUCAUCGAAAUCGCAUAAUACUUUAAACGUGGACGAUAUUGAACGUGAAUUGGAGAAUAGUGACACAGAAUUUGAAAAUUACGACAGUGACAGUGAUCCUGAAUAUUUGAUGUCUGAUGGAGGAUCUGAUUCAAAUGAUGAAGAAGUUGUAUCACAUGGUGAUCUGGCUAUAGAUUAUCUAGAAGAAGACUGGUCAAACACUGUUUUGAAUUUGGGCGGAGUUGAUUUUACUGGUAAGUCUGCUGGUUUACUACAUGAAAUAGUAAUAGAAGAUUCUACAAAUAUUUUGAAACCGAUAGACGUAUUUUUUAGUAUUAUCGAUAAUGACAUUUUACUUUUAAUGUGUAAUGAAACAAAUCAGUACGCACACCAGAGGCUAAAUAGUGGACCAGUUAGAAGAAGUAGUAGAAUGUCUAGAUGGAAAGAUGUAGAUAUUGAUGAAAUGAAAAAGUUUUUAGGUGUUUUGAUGUUUUCUGGUGUUGUUGUCUUUCCUACUUAUGAAUCAUAUUGGAAAAAAGACAGUCUAUAUUAUCAUGAGUUAUUUCACAAAAUUGGCAUGAGCUAUAAUAGAUUUAUAAUUAUUUUAAAAUGUUGGCACUUUGUAGACAAUAAUAUUGCUAGAGAUAAUACAGACAGGUUAUAUAAAAUUAAACCGUUAAUGGAUAUGGUUUUUCAAAAUACACAAAAUUUGUUCACUCCAGGAGACACAUUAGUUCUUGACGAAUCUAUGAUAGCUUUUAGAGGAAGACUUUUAUUUCGUCAAUAUAACCCGUCAAAAUCCCAUAAAUAUGGUAUCAAAAUGUACAAAUUGUGUACACCUGAAGGUUUUACAUGGGCUUCUAGUAUUUAUUGUGGUACAGGACCUAAUUUAGGAACUCUGGAUAAGCCGGGAACAGUUGUGGUAAAUUUAGCUGAUAGUUUACUUGAUGAAGGCUGUUUGAUAAUAACAAACAAUUUUUAUACGAGUGUUCCACUUGCUGAAUAUCUUUAUGGUCGAAAAACUGAUUUGUGUGGUACUUUAAGAAAAAAUCGAAAAUGGCUUCCAGUAGAUGUAAAAGAAAAAAAAUUGAAAAAAGGGCAGUUUAUAGCAAGACAAAAAGAAUUUAUUACAAUUUUAAAAUGGCAUGACAAAAGAGAUGGAAUCGAUGUUUCAGAUCAACUAAGCAGUUAUUAUAAUCCACAACGAAAAUCUCUUGUUUGGUACAAAAAAGUUGGUAUGGAAUUACUAUUUGGAAUAACAGUUGUAAAUAAGGUUACAGACAAAUCAGAAUCUGUGAACAUUCAAAAAAAUAUUUCAAUGCAUUUUCUUGAACAGUUUGAUAGACAAAAUGGAAAAAUACAAAGAAAAAGAUGUCAUGGGUGCUAUUCAAGUCUUCGUGAAGAUGGACAGUUGAGUGCAGAAGAAGCUGGAAAAAAAGCAAAAAAAGUUAAUACAAAUUGUAAACGAAUAGAUGAUGUUGUUAAAGCAAACAAUUUAUUAGUUGAAGAAGUUGAUGCUUGUAAGGUUAUUGCUACUGCUAAGUCUGAUACUAUUUAUAAUACAUCUAUGGACUCUGAUAAUGGUAGUAUAAUAUUAAUCACGAUUAAAGAUAGUAUGGUUGCCUAA